AUGGUUAAGCCCGACGACUUCUGGCCUGCGUCCCAGACGCCUUUCGUCAUCCAACCACAAGAGCGAAUUCAGCAGCUCAAAAAGUAUCUCGAAGACCCGAGUUGCGAAACACAGAAAUCGAAUCUACUUGCGCUGAUAGAAAUGUACGGCACCAAAAGGCUUCCUCCACUGGCGUCUAGUGCGCCAAAGUUUUAUGUUUGCGAGGGCAAGGUGAUGGAAAAUCCCCCGAGUGACGAAAACCCUCCCCCAGCGGGGUGUGCCAUAUGGGCAGAGGGGAUCAGCACGCAGAUGCACGGCACGGAGCUCUCUGCCGCGACAGGUGAAUUGCACCCAGCCAAACUCGCCUUGCAAAUGGCUAUUCAGAACGUUCCACCGCGGGGUAGGUUAGAAGCCGUCGAUCUAUGUCAGGCGUAUGUUCAGACGGGCACCAUCGGAGACUCGUUGAGGGCGAUUAUGGUCGCCCCUUGGAGAAAGGAGGGAUGGAACGAGUUCAGCCAAACUCUGUCAGACAUUGCAUGA